AUGGAUCGAAAUUUGGGUAAAGGUACAAUGGAUCAACAGAAAAACUACGAGCAAGUUCGAUACAGUACUGUUGAAACUAGAAAUGAGGGACAUGGGUCUGCCAAUCAAAGGUUUUUCCCGGAUCCAUCAAGUAAUAUUAACGCUAACAUGCGACCUCCAGAUUACAAUGUUGCUGUUGGAGCCAGGCCUGUGUUGAAUUACUCCAUUCAGACCGGCGAGGAAUUUGCUCUUGAAUUUAUGCGGGAGAGGGUGAACCCAAGGCAGCAUUUAGUUCCACAUGCUUCAGGGGAUCCUAAUAGCUCUCCUAACUAUAUGGAUCUAAAAGGCAUACUGGGAAUUAGCCAUACAGGUUCAGAAAGUGGGUCUGAUAUUUCUUUGAUGAACUCAGUAGAAAAAAGUCGUGUCCAGGAAUUUGAAAGAAAGGCAUCUUAUGCACAUGAAGAUAAGAGUUACUAUGAUUCGGUACGGUUACCACAAACCUCAUCAAGGAAUGACAUCAAUCGAGGACUCAGUCAUGUCUCUUCAGGACUAUCUGAUAGCUCAGUGAGAAAACUGAAGUUUCUCUGUAGCUUCGGUGGUAAAAUUUUGCCUCGUCCUAGUGAUGGAAGGCUUAGAUAUGUUGGAGGUGAAACACGUAUUAUCCGGGUAAACAGGGAUAUCUUUUGGCAGGAUCUUAUGCAGAAAAUGUUGACAAUUUAUGAACAAACUCGUGCAAUAAAGUAUCAGCUUCCCGGUGAGGAUCUUGAUGCACUUGUUUCUGUUUCUUGUGAUGAAGAUCUGCAAAACAUGAUGGAGGAAUGCACUGUGCUACAAGAUGGGGGAUCACAGAAACCUAGGAUGUUCCUGUUUUCUAGUCUUGAUUUGGAGGAUUCUCAGUUUGGUGUAGAAAGCAUAGAUGGUGAUCCUGAGAUUCAAUAUGUAGUUGCUGUAAAUGGUAUGGACCUAGGUUCAAGAAAAAAUUCUAUUGCUUUGGCAAGUUCUUCUGGCAACAAUUUGGAAGAGUUACUGAGUCUAAAUGUUGCAAGGGAGAGCACUCGAGCAGUACCUGAUACAGCUGGUGCUAGCACAGCACCUUCAGCAGCAAAUGUGCCUUCCUCAACUAAUCAAUCUUCUCAAUCAGUACUUCCAGGAUCUUCAGGUGCUUAUGAAUCCAAUUCACACCCAUACCAGGGACAGAAGAUGCACAGUGGAGAAGCGAGACAGCAUCCACUGACAACUUUCCACACUGUGGAGAGCUUCCAUGGGAAAGAUGGACAGACUACUGUGCCCUCUUCUGCCCCAUUGCAAUAUGAUUUUGGUUCUCACCCUUCUCACUAUGCAACGCCUGGAGGGAACAUAGAUUCAAUGGCUAUAUAUGGACAAUCCACUCAACAAGGGGGUUUGAUUGAAGAGCAGCUAUAUGGUGGCAUACAUGGGCAAGAUUCAGAAUUGCCCAGAAAGGAGGUGAAAUUGAAAAGAGAUAGCUUAGCGCAAAAGGUAAAUGAACCUGAGAAAAUUCAAUCUUUAGAGAAGGAAGCUCCACUAAAGGAAGCAAGAAUGAAGAGAGAGAGCUCUCUCCAUAAGAUAAAUGAAAGUGAUAAACUUAGGAAUUUAGAAAAUGAGAACGCUGUUUCUCUACCUCCAUAUGAUGGUUCAGUUCCAAAUUAUAUUUCUAGGGAUGAAGUUUCAGUUGCCAAUUCAGCCGCAGAGACAGGAUCAUCUCUGAUGGCUACAAGAAGCAACAAAAAGCUCCAGGAACCUCGACAAAAUCCAAUUACCUCUGAAGAUGUAAAUGACGGGAAAAGGAACAAUGAAGAUGACCAAUUCCACACAUCGAGUGGACCGUCUAAUCCUGGAUAUGGUGGCUCUGAGGUUGAUUCCAGAUAUGGUGACUCUGAGGUUGAUUCUAUGGACUUUAGCUACCUUGAACCGCCUGUGGCUCCCCAGCGUGUCUAUCAUUCUGAGCGGAUCCCCAGGGAACAAGCAGAAUUGAACCGUUUGUCAAAAUCUGGCGAUUCUUUUGGUUCUCAGUUUAUGAUAAGUCAGGCACGUUCUGAUCACUCACAACCAAUUGCGGACUCUGUUGAUAAAUUGCGUGAUGAAAGUGUUCCUUUGCAGUCUGAGCAGUCUGGCUUACCUUCAAAACUACUGCAUGUUGAAGAUGGACUGGCACAAUUUGAAAAGUAUAAGGAAUUUGCCGAAAAUAUUAACAAAAUGAAUUCUGAUGCUUAUCCUGAGGGGCUUGAGCCAAAGGUACAAACUCCUGACUUGAGACAUGUAGCUGUUAAUUCUGUGGAUGGCCAUGAAAUGGGCCGGCUAAAAGAUAACUACAAAGACCCAACUAUCAAUGAUAAAGAAGUGGCUGCGCGGACUCAACUAACUGCUGGUCAAGAAACUUCUGGUAAGCUUAAAGAAUCUGCUUCAGUUCCAUCAGAAUUUGAAUGGACUGAGGUUGCCGCCAAUAAGGACCAAGGGAAUAAUGCUGAGGGUCAUGUGCAUCCAUUGUCUUGGACAGAGAACCCAGCUAAAGGUGUUGCUCAUGUUGAGUCUACUGCUGGGGUUGGCAACCCAGAGCAGGGAGAUAUUCUCAUUGAUAUUAAUGAUAGAUUUCCUCGUGAUUUCCUGUCUGAUAUAUUUUCCAAGGCUAGAAUCUCAGGGGACCUUUCUGGCAUGAGUCCACUUCCUGGGGAUGGAACUGGCUUGAGCUUGAACAUGGAGAAUCAUGAGCCUAAGCAUUGGUCAUAUUUCCGAAAUUUGGCUCAGAAUGAAUUUGUUAGAAAAGAUGUUUCCCUUAUGGAUCAGGACCAUCUUGGUUUCCCGUCCCCACUGACCAAUCUUCGAGAAGGAGUUGCAGUAGAUUACAGCUAUCCACCUUUGAAGCCUGAUGGAGUUGUUUUUGGUCACACUGACUCCCAUAUAAAUUUUGAUGAGGAUAUUCGUCAAGAAUCAUCUGGUAUAGCCAGUCCCAACACCAUGAAUUUAGCUUCAGAAUACAAUCCCUCUCCACCCAAGGGAAUUGAGAGUGAGCAGCUGGAUGGGGUAAAUCAUGGAAUACGAGAAUCAGAGUAUGAGGAUGGCGAGCUAAAUACUCAGAACACAGGUUCUCUUGUUGAUCUUUCUCGGGGAGAAUUUGAUAUUAGCACCUUGCAGAUCAUAGAGAAUGAAGAUCUUGAAGAGCUUAAGGAAUUGGGUUCUGGCACAUUUGGGACAGUUUAUCAUGGAAAAUGGAGGGGAACAGAUGUUGCCAUUAAGCGUAUAAAAAAGAGCUGUUUCACAGGGCGCUCAUCAGAGCAAGAAAGACUGACUGUUGAGUUCUGGCGUGAAGCCGAAAUUCUUUCGAAGCUUCACCAUCCAAAUGUGGUUGCAUUUUAUGGUGUUGUCCAGAAUGGACCAGGAGGAACACUAGCCACUGUGACUGAGUUCAUGGUGAAUGGCUCUCUGAGGCAUGUUUUACUUAGCAAGGAGAGACAUCUUGAUCGUCGUAAGCGGCUCAUUAUUGCUAUGGAUGCAGCAUUUGGAAUGGAAUAUCUGCAUUCAAAAAACAUAGUACACUUUGAUUUGAAAUGUGACAAUUUGCUUGUGAACUUGAAAGACCCUUUACGACCCAUUUGCAAGGUUGGAGAUUUUGGCUUGUCAAAAAUCAAAAGAAACACCUUAGUUACUGGUGGUGUGAGGGGAACCCUACCCUGGAUGGCUCCAGAGCUUCUUAAUGGUAGCAGUAGUAAGGUUUCUGAAAAGGUUGAUGUAUUCUCCUUUGGUAUUGUCUUAUGGGAGAUACUAACUGGUGAGGAGCCUUAUGCCAAUAUGCAUUAUGGAGCAAUCAUAGGAGGCAUUGUGAAUAACACAUUGAGGCCACCUGUGCCAGGCUAUUGUGAUUCCGAGUGGAAGUUGCUAAUGGAGCAAUGCUGGGCUGCUGAUCCCAUUGCUCGCCCAUCAUUUACAGAAAUAACCAGACGCCUGCGGGUGAUGUCUGCAGCUUGCCGAACUAAACCACAAGUUCAAGGACAGAGCCAGGUACCCAAGUAG